GUGUGGUGUGGUGUGGUGGUGGUGUGCCGGCUGUGGUAAGUAACUGAGUGAGUAGAAAUGGUGAGGCGGGCGAGAUGGGAAGGGAAGACGGAGGAAAGAGAAGGGAAGGAAACAGAGGAAAGGAAAAGCUUUUUUUCCUUUUUCUAAUUUCCCUUGGCCUCUUCUCUCGCUUUCCCCAGAUUCCAGCAAAACCCCCCUGGCCAGCAGAGUGCACUAAGAGGGGCGAGCGGAGACGCAAUCAACAGUUUUGGAGGUGGUUUGAAGUCGACGGACGGAGUAAACGGAAAACUGUUAGUCACAGAUUGCAGUAGACUGGGAUCAUGCACUCGAGUGGAGAGCUGCUGAUGAAAUCGCCGAUCACCUCUGACGACAGUGCAGAAAUGUGAACGAAAGUAGGUUUGUUCUUCAAGAACAACAAAUAAAGAGGAGUUUAAUCUGAAAAAAAAA